UGCCAGUAAAAGAAAGAAAAAGAAGAAGAAGAAGAGAGAGAGAGAGAGAGAGGUUGGAAGCAGGGAGUAGCAGGACUUAAGGUCACUACAAGCUCUUCAUCCAAUCAACAACCGGAUAGAACCAAGACCCCGCCCUUCCUUUUUGCUUUUUCGAUAAUCUGUUGCAUUUUGGAUGUACAGCACAAUACAAAAGAAAGAUCUUUCACUACUUCCGUCUCUUUGUGACUUUAAUGUACGUUCAUGGUCUUACUUCAUGGAAGAAUUUAUAAGUUUUGUCUCUCUCCUCUGUUCACCUCCUUUGUUUUGCCGAAAACACUGAUUAGGCCUGGAUUUGGUGGCUGGAAGGAAGGAGCAGCGUGGCAUCCCUCUCCUCCUCUCAUGUCCCCUCCCUGUGUGUCCUUGCAUGUCAGUGUCCCCUCGUCAUCCCCCCUGUGUCUCACCCCACCAGCCCUCUGUGUUCCUCCCCCUCAUGCUUGGGACAGACUGGCCUCACUGUCAGACCAAUGACUGCCUGGAUAGUACUGCCUGUCAGCCUGGCUGCCUUCUCUAUCACUGGGAUAUGGAUAGUAUAUGCUAUGGCUGUAAUGAACCACCAUGUUUGUCCUGUUGAAAACUGGUCGUACAAUGUGACAUGCACAGAGGAAACAGCCAAGCCGGGCUUCCCAAAAACAUGCUGCACCAUUCAAGACAUCCCCCUCAUCAGUAAGUGUGGAUCUUACCCUCCCGAGAGCUGUCUUUUCAGUCUCGUUGGUAAUGUGGGAGCUUUCAUGGUGGUGUUGGUGUGUCUGCUACGGUAUGCUCAGAUCAUUGAGCACAGGAACCACUGUUGGCUCAACACCAGUGGACUUGUGUCUGGAUGCACCAAUGCGGUGGGACUGGUCAUGGUGGGCAACUUCCAGGUGGACCAUGCUAAAACCCUUCACUAUGUAGGUGCGGGUGCUGCCUUCCCAGCAGGCAUUCUGUUCGUGUGUUUGCAGUGUUUGCUGACCUACCGGGUGGCUGUCACCGCUCUGGACUACUGGAUGGCUCAUGUGCGUGUGGCACUGGCUACUGGUGCUCUCAUCACACUGGUUCUCAGUAUCCUUCCUUAUUGAAUAUGGCUGGAAAAUGAUGAAUAAGUGUGUGUUGCAAAUUUUUCUUGACAUGGGUUGCUUAUUUGUCUUGGCUGUUUAGACCAUAUU